GCUGCCCAGCCGCGCUCCGUUCACGUGCGCUCGCCUGGAGCGUCGCCGCGCGCAGUCGGACCCAACUUGCUGCAAGCGUCGGAAAAGUGGGCGCGCGCGAUCCGCAGGCGGGGCCCUCUCGUGGCUCGCUGAGAUUCGCGCUUUGUGACACCGACUCCGUUGACUGUCUGUGGAUCCGAGGGGCCGAGUGUGGACUUCGAGUACUUCGCGGGUUCUUGCAUCGCGCGACUGGUGUCGCAGCCUUCAGCGUCACUUGUGCGCAUCCCUUCCCCGCAAAACUCUUCACGAGGACCCAUUGUACAUUUGUCGCGCGAUGCCGAGGACUGUGCGUGCGUUGCGCCUCUCGAGCGAGCGCCGUUGGAACGCACGUGUCGCCUGCUUUCUGAUCCUGCUCACGGGUCUCUCGAAAAACGCGCAAGCUGCCGGGGAACCUGAACCCUACAUGAGAGACCAGCCAGUUUCCUGGAUGCCGUCGGCGGCAAGAUUCAAGCAUCCAGACUCCCCAGAGGUAGUGCAGGCGCUUCGCGGUGAGAUAGCGCGCCUUCCGUGCCGCACCGAGGUGGCGGCAGAGGCCGAGCCACCGCUGCUGCUGCAGUGGUACCGGGGCUCGCAGCUCAUCUACAGCGUGGACAGCGAGAACGUGCCGCUCGUGCAGGCCAGGCACACGGUGCAUAGCGGGGCACGCGAGGAACGUCGGCUCCACUUCUCCGUGGGACGGCGGCCGUACCGCCUAUCUCUGGGACACGUGCAGCCCGAAGACGAGGAUGUCUACUUCUGCCUCGUCUCGUUCCCCUCGGGCACGUCGAUCAACGCAUCUGUCAGUCUAGUCGUCGUCGUUCCUCCUGCAAAGCCUGUCCUUCGCUACAUCUCCAAGGAGGGGGUCAUGGAAUCCGCUGGCGCCGUCAUUGGUCCCUUCAAUGAGGGCGAACGACUCGUCAUCCUUUGCGAAGUUUCGGGAGGCCAUCCAUCUCCGACCAUCACAUGGCACGUGGGCCACUCGGUGGUGAACCGCGCCGUGACGCAGCUGCAAGACGACAAGACGCUGUCGUGGAUCGAGCUGCAACGACUGGAGCGCAGCCACUUCCGCACGGAGGUCACGUGCGCCGCGGCCAGUGGCACCGGGACCCAGCCCAUCAAAUCGUCUGUCACCGUCGACCUGCACCUCAAACCACACAGCGUCACAAUUAGGGGCGCCCAUGGUCCUUUGUCCGCUAACUACCCGGCCGAAGUCGAGUGCGAAGCAGUGGGGUCGAGACCGGCGGCCAACCUGACAUGGGACCUCGACGGCGUGCCCCUAACAUCGAGCGCCUUGCAAGAAGGUGGUCGACCCGAGGCGGCAGCCAACGACGUCAGCGUCAGCGUAGUGAGGUUCACGCCGUCGCCCAGCCAUAACGGCAGACCACUACGCUGUCGCGCAGCCAACCCAGAGAUGCCGGAUGACGCUAUUGAGGACUCGUGGACACUGGACGUACACUACAAACCAAAGGUGCAGUUGACAUUGGGCAGCCAUCCGAGGCAGUGGAAUAUCGUCGAAGGGCAUGACCUGUACUUGGAGUGCCGCGUUGACGCAAACCCCAGAAUAGGAGACGUCGUGUGGCGCCUCGACGGCAAGGAUUUGUCUCCGGGCCGGCACGUCAUCAUGAGCAACCAGUCGCUGGUGCUACAGCGCGUUCAUCGUGACAGCUCCGGCUCCUACACUUGCGUGGCUUCCAACAGGAUCGGUGAAACGGAAAGCAAGCCGCUCAAGAUCACCGUCAAACACACUCCUGCCUGUAACCAGUCGCAGACGACCGUCUAUGCGGCUUCACGUCAUGAAGAAGUGCACAUAAUCUGCGAUGUGUCGGCCGAGCCUAACGACGCGAACUUCCGGUGGACGUUCAACAACUCGGCUACCAAACACGAGUUGUCGUCGUUUACGAGCUCAGGUGGACGGAGCGUGCUGUACUACACUGCGCGGAAGGAUACUGACUACGGAACGUUCCAGUGUCUCGCCAACAACUCCAUCGGAGCUAUGAAGACGCCCUGCUAUUUUCAGAUCGUCCGUGCAGGCCCCCUGAGCAGCAUGUACAACUGCAUUGUGAGUAACCUGACGGAUGCCAGCAUGCAAGUGGAUUGCCAGAGGCGCGGUUCUACGGCUGCCGGCGCCAACGGCGGCUCUCUUCCUGCGGACCUGGUGGCUGCGGAGGCAUCCACUUUCCGGCAGCUCAACUCCUUUCAGCUGGAAAUCCGGGACGCCCUCCAAGACCGCAUCGUGUUCAACGCCACCUCCGAGGCGCCCUCUUUCGCUGUGUCCAGCCUGUCGCCCGGCACCGAGUACGUGGUCGCCUUCUACCUUGUGAACCAAAACGGCAAGUUUAACCUGGUCACGCUCAAGACGUCUACGCUGCUUGCUUCGGAGGAGAGACUCAGAUCGGGUGUCGAGCAACGGAAGCCUUGCUGUACGCCUCUAGGAGUACUUAUAACAACAGGGGUCAUUCUUGCUUUCCUCUUGGUGGUCAUCGCCCUUCUUGUAAAAUACAGAACAAGAUUAAAGCUUCACAAAGGUUCGCGUAAACCAGAAUCCAGAGCUGCAACCGGCGCCGAGGAAGGAAGGGAAAUGGGCGAAAUGAACCCAGAGUGCAAAUACGUCCUUCCCGCUGAUAGCGGCAAGCAACUUUCCAGCUCAAAAGAAAGACCGCUAACAUACGUGUGAUCAUCCUGCCUGCAUUUGACAGCAAAUGCUUCCAUGUGCAGAAUGCGACAAACUGCUGAGUGGCUGUCAUCAUGCGCCUUUGUCUACUAGCAUUGUGCGGAAGCACUCCGUGACAAGAACUUGUACCUCGCGCGCAGCUACCAGGCAGGGAUCCUUUGAUGAAAAGGCAUGCCUUAUGUUACGGACAUUGGACGUUUCUCUUACCUAGAGACGUUUAGAGAUAUUAGUGCGUUAACACAAAUUUAGUGUAAGAUGGUUUCUUCAUUCGGAGACCACUCUUUCAGUGACUUCAAAAGCAGGCGCCCGUUUCGAAUAUCAGUGACUUUUCCAGGUAACGAAUCUGGAACAAUUUUAAGCCAUCGUUUGUAUCAUCAGGUGAAGUAAGGAGUCCGAUGUAUGAAAAAGAGGCUGGAAGCCGAAUGUCUUUCAUAAUCACAUCGCGAGGUUACGGCCAGUGUGAUGCCGUAUAAUGUUGUUCCGUAAGAUGCCGUGCAUAUUGUAUUACCCUCAUCUAAUGUCCAACCUGGCAGCCAUGUUUCCCUGAGAAUUUGUGUCAAAUCACACAAAAAGUGUCACUCCAUCAUGAGCGUGUCAGAUGUCCUCAUUUUUAAUGCGUUUAGCAUUCUUUGGGAGCUAACCGCGAUUUCUUGUUCCUGUCUAACCCAUUUUCGUGGGCCGAUUCCUAAAAUAGUGCAGUCCAAUACAGCGAUAAAAGCCGCGUAGUGGUAACGUACCACCGUGCGAUCGUACCAGUGGUAGUGGUGGUACCGCUGGGGCUGUAGGGUAGCACGUGGCAUGGCGCGGUAAUCGUUUCUUCCCUCGCAUUCUUCCAUCGUGACAGCUAGCGUCUUGAGACGCGGUCGUUUUAACGCGUUGCACCUCUGGUAGAAGACACAGACUGUGGUUUUUUAAGACUGUACACUUCUGUGACCAGAGGUGGUCGCAGACGCUGCACGGGGUUCAGAACUGGUCCUUGAGGAAGUGGCACUCGAAGUACUGGCUGUCUUCCGCAUACGAGUAAAGCACGGUGGUAAGCGGAGGCCACCCACAACACAUAGUGCAACAGACUGCUACAGAUGACCACCUCCCAAAGCAUGCUACACGCAUUAUUGGAUAGCAACCGGAGUUGGUUCGUAAGAAUGUUUUUAUUUCGUAUUUUGUAAGCAUCAUUCACAUUGCUGGCAAACUUAAAUUCAUGUUUUGGGCUAUGCGCCUUGAGAAUGUGCAUAACGUAUACUUUGGUAAGGCCAUAGCCGAGCGAAGAACAUAUUUAGCAGGGUCCUAAAGUAACAGGGGCCAAUUGAACUCAAACAAGCUUGCAUGACCGGACCAACAUUUAUGAUGGUGUCAUCUGUGCAAGUCCUAUUUCUGCAGUUAACAUGCUUCUUACUUCUUCCCACACUCUGCUAUCUUCUUGCGCAAAGUUCUGGCAAAAUGAAUAUUACCUUACCGUACGUUCAUCAAAAUGUUUACAUGAAUGAAAAUUUGUCUAGUGUUCACAAUAGAUCUAAGCCGCGGCUUUCCUAUUCACAUUUCAUGAAAAUGUUUGAUAUGUCCAAUGUUGCUUUGAAACGAGGAAGGCAAUGAAUAUCCCGUUGGUGUGCACUCCACCAUAACUACAAAAUCCAGGCGGCUUAUAUAUGGUGACUUGAGUAACAAUGCACCACAUGACGACCUGUGAACGUUUAAUAUCAAAUGGAAUUUCAUUUUACUGAAUCUAAGGUUCGCCUACGCGAUUUUGGGCUGAUGCAUCAGGUGUUUAUUGUUGCGGCAUCUUCAUGAAACGAUGGGCCUGAUCAUCAACUUUUUCGUCUUGCUUAAGGGCAGUAACACUUUCGCCAAUAGGAGCCUCAAAAAAGCAUUGAAUAGACCGUCUUAUUUUAUUAUAAUUUCAUGAAACUCACAUAUUUGCUUGAAUGUAAUGAUUGGGUAGUAUUGUGCUUCAGCCCUUAAGUACAUAGACAUCUUGCAGGCAUUGGCAAAAGUUAUAGUCAUGGUCCACUUACUCUAUUCUGUGUAAGCUAUCAAGCAAGCACUUUGAAACCGAAUUUCAAGAGAACUCGCGCUCUGAACUACACAGUUUCAGUAUUCUCAUCAGCAUGUUUUAGUGAUCGAGCGUAAGACGCGAAUGUCAACAACCAUCGCGGUACUCGUUGCAGUUGUCUUUGUGACUGGUCUGUGGCUUAUACAGGCUUCGAUCCUCGAUGGCCUCUAAUCCAGCGUCAGCAAAAUAUUCCUCAUUUCCAGUUUUUCUAGAAAAGGUUAGUUGUUAAAUAUGUGCAAACAUAAUUCGUUUUCUACCAUCAACAAAUGCAGAGAAAGGUGUCUGCUGCAGCGCUUUCUUUAUUACCGGAAGCUGAGGUGGCGGUACUUUUUUAGCGUGAUAAUUGGGAUGGUCGUUGCACGCUCGGAGUUUGCAUUGCGUCAAUAGCUCGCUGGCAUUGUUACGCGUCAAAAGAAAAAGCAUGAGUGAAUCCGUUGCUCAAUCUCGCCAUAUAUGUUUUUGUGUUCCUGUUUCUAACAUAAAGUAAAAUCAAGCAAGUUGACCAACUUUCUUUUGAACAAAAUGUACUGACGAAAGCUUCGAUUUUGCAGAACUCACAUUGCAUGAUCGACUACAAGCGCUUUAAUAACAAGUUGCCUCACUGGAAUUUAAUACUGCCGGCAGCUUUGCGAUGCAGCUUCCAACUGUUCAGCGAGCCUUCGAUAAAGCAGCACCGUAUUAAAAAAAAAAAAAAAAACAUGCCAUGCUUUAUUCAAGUGCUCUUCGUAAGAUAUGCCCCAGAACCCAAAUAUCUGCUACAUAAGCGAGUUAUAAUCUUCCGACACAAAUAAACGCGGGCAUAACUCAAUUGCAUGCCGAAAGAAAUUCGCUAAAACACAGAAACGGGGUCGUUAGUCCUUUGAACCUGCUUUCUUAGAGGGAAAGCAUCAAAAAUCACCUCCUUUGUCGGGACUGCUGCGGUAUUCUUGGUACAGCGUAGAAUUAUGUUUAGCACCUUGGAGAAGUGGAAGCGCUUUGCUUAAGGUGGAAUAAUUUCUAUUGCCAAUAUUAACCAUCAAGUGAUAAAGCGUCGUUUGAGGAAAUUAGCUGUGGAAAAUGCUCGAAACAAUCUAUGUUAUCUGAUUGUUCUCUGAUGCUAAUCGGCAGGCAGCGCCAAAGCCAGCUGCAUUAAUAAAAUGAGGCUACGUAGAAUGGAUGCUUAGUACAGGCGACAAGCAUUUUCGUUGUAAAUCUGCUGAUUUCAUAGAGUUAUGUGCGCUAUCUUCAGUGGUAGCCAUAUAUUGUGAAGGCCAGUAUCAAAUAAAAAUUUGAUAAUGGGAUGUGCGAAUACUUUCAUAUUGAACUUCGCUUUCCAAGUGUUUGGUACUAUUAACCUUCACGAUGGAGUUCUGUACAUGGAGCAAAAACAACUACUUUAUUUCUGUAUUUAAUGAGGUGGAUCAAGCGCCUGGUACAACUCAUAGUACUGCUCCAUACAACAGGCAGUUGUACAAUGUUGCUGUUGAAUCUUUGUUACGUUGUCUUUAUUCACAUACACGAAUUACUACGACAGUGACAAUGUGUAAUGUUGCUUAGUGAACAAACUCAAACCAGCGUUCAAGCCAUGAUAGACCGCGAGGAAACGGAGUACAGUCAUCGACAAGUUUGUGCGGCUGCCUUUCAGUGUCAGCAUGCAGCGAGAAUAAAUUCAGUACUUUACGUCUGCGCCAGCAGAAGAUGAGUGAGAACCAGGGUAAGGCAUACAUUGUGAAGAACAUCGCAAAUAUCUGCCAUGUAAUGAAGGGGUCGUGUCCGACUAUUUUCUUUUCUCCUGGGAUUAUCAUGUUCCAGCUAGUGCGAGAAGAAGCUGGUUCAGCCGUCUGUCAUAGUGUGGUCUGCGUGACCUUGCAGUGUCGCUGCAGUUGCAUCGGUGAGAAACGCGAGUCUCGCUCCGGGCUCUUCAAUUCUGUAACGCUCAAAGUGAACGUGACUUCGGCAGUUGUGAAAGAAUCGCUAUUUUUUGUGUAUGUAUGUAAUAUUUAGCCCACCUAUGACAAGUACCACCUACUGAAAAUAUAUAUGUGCUAUAUGAUAAAUGCCUUUUGCGUGGAUUGUUGAUGUUCUCUAUUCGUUACGUGUUCUUGCACUAUCAAUAGAAACAUAUAAUAAAGGCGAUUUUUGCAAUU